GCAGACGCGCCCUGCGAAAUCAUUUAUAGGACAGCAGUACGCGAGGCCUGUGUGGGCGUGAGGCGGACAGCCCGAGGCAUCUCCUCCGAGCUGGCCUGGAAUCGUCUUCGAAAUGGCACGGUACAGAUGCACUUCAAUGAUACAGUCUGGAGCUUUGAGACGCCUCGACGGGUAAUGACAGUGGGGCGAAUGUACGCGCUGGCUGAAGAGAGAGCAAUGGGCUACUAUCUGGAAAUCUCACCGAAGGACCAGAACGUGUCGGACUACGUAGAAGUGUUCGCUGAAAAACCCGGUCAGGUGGCAAUCAGAUCUACCUGGUUGAAGAGUCCCAUUGGAGCAAAGUGGGAAUACGGAGGGAACAAUUUUUCUUUCAAUCUUUACGCCGGGCCGGCCGACAGAAAACGUCAGGACCUGAUAACCCUGACGUUUGUUGGUGGAAAGGAUGGCCGAGGCUACCUCUUUUUUAAAAACGUUGAGAAUACCUUCGCUGCACACACUUUUCUUUGGAGGAGUGGGAGUGCAGGUAGGCUUCCCCCUUGA